AUGGCUCGAGGCAUGGCCACUGCCAGCAACAUGAGUACGACGACCGCGAGAAGGGACGUCCGCAUCGUCGAGGUGGGACCCCGCGACGGACUGCAGAACGUCAAGACGGCAAUCCCCACGGCGACCAAGUUGGAGCUCAUCGCCCGUCUACGUGCCACAGGCUUGGACACCAUCGAGAUCACCUCCGUGGUCUCCCCGCGUGCGAUUCCACAGUUGGCCGACUGUCGACAGGUGCUCGCAGACCAGAGCAUCAAGUCGUUGUUGCCCGAUGGCAACCUCCGUCUUCCCGUCUUGAUCCCGAACUUGAAGGGCCUGCAGAUUGCCAUGGAAAACUCGGUGCGCGAGGUGGCGGUGUUUGUGAGCGCCACCGAGGGCUUUAGCAGAGCCAACAUCAACGCGACUGUGGACGAGGGCCUGGCAAGAGCGAGGCAGGUGGCCGAGAAAGCGACCGCGGCGGGUCUGGCGGUUAGAGGAUACAUCUCGUGCAUCUUUGCUGAUCCGUUCGACGGACCUACGCCGCACGCAGCUGUGCUCAAAGCUGUCCACGAACUGCUGGACAUGGGCUGCUAUGAAGUCAGUCUGGGCGACACACUGGGCAUCGGCACAGCAGCCGACGUCAGAAGCUUGCUACUGUACCUUGGGAAUAACGGAGUUUCGCCCUCACAGCUGGCGGGGCAUUUCCACGACACGUAUGGCCAGGCAGUCAGCAACGUGUGGCAGGCUUAUCAGUGCGGUCUCCGUGUCUUCGACAGCAGCGUUGGGGGAUUGGGAGGGUGUCCAUUCGCGCCUGGGGCAAAGGGGAAUGCUGCCACGGAAGAUCUGGUGUUCUUGUUCCAGCAAGCUGGAGUCGAGACCGGGGUUGACCUCUCCAAGUUGGUGGAGGUUGGGAGCUGGAUAUCUGACCAACUGAGGAAACCAAACGAGAGCCGCGCCGGAGUUGCUCUGCUGGCCAAACGCGCCCUCGUUCAGUCUAAAGAGCCAGUACAGCAAAAGAGUCAAGCUGGCCCUGAAUCCACUUGGAUGUUGGUCACUGAAACAGAAAGCAUCAGACUAUACCGAUCUGGAGUUAACCUCAAGGUGGUUCUCAAUCAGCCAAAGAAGGGCAAUGCUCUGACCACGCCAAUGAUCAGCGAGCUGACAGACGUGUUUCGUCGGACACGCGACGACCGCACCAUUUCACGAAUAGUCAUAACUGGAGAAGGGAAGUACUUCUGCGCUGGCAUGGACCUUGGAAAGGGGACCUCGCCGGUCGCCCAAUCGAGUGAGGUCAGCGACGCACAAUAUGAGCGCCUCACACGGCUUUUUGAGGUAAUUGAUCAGGCGCCUCAAGUGACGAUAGCGGGUAUCAAUGGUUCAGCAUUUGGUGGCGGCGUCGGACUCGCCUUUGCGUGCGACAUCAGGAUUGCGGUAAAACCUGCCACGUUUACUCUGAGCGAGGCCAAACUCGGGCUGUGUCCCGCAACGAUCUCGAAAUAUGUGAUCAGGGAAUGCGGAUUCGCCUUCACCCGCGAGGCCAUGCUCUCUGCUCGUCCGAUCUCAAUGGAAGAACUGCGUUCCCUCGGCAUGAUCGCCAAUGUUGUGGAGGAGCCUGGGCAGCUGGCGACAGAGUUGGAUCAGUACCUUGCGCGCCUGAAGGUGGCAGGGCCAGAGGCAUCGACCAUGUGCAAAGAGUUGAUCAGGCUGGGCUGGCUUCAUGCCGGAAGUGAACAGCAGGCAAAGGGCAUCAAGCAACUCUUCGACAAGAUGAUGCGCCCUGACGGCGAAGCAGCCAUUGGAUUGAGAGCGUUUCAGGCCACCAAGAAGGCACUGGACUGGGAUGAGAUCAUCCUGACACGGUCAGCGGCAGCCGCGAAGCCCAAAUUAUAG